CGCGACCGGGCCAAAAUGUCACGCAAAUUCGACGAAAUGUCUUCCGGCCCCUGCAACAUGGAACGCCCUACCAAGCGCACUCGCAUCUCGUCCUGCGAGGUCUGCCUGGCUCUUGAGUGCACUGGGUGCGCUCCCAUCGCCAUGGCCGCCAUCUCCACGGCAACCACCACCACCACAACCACAACCACCACCGCCGCCGGUAAGCUAGCACUAUUCGUCUCUCCCGCGCAGCAAGAGGCAUCGCUGCGGAAGAACAUGCUGACUUGGCUGACAGCUGAACACGCCUCGCUUCUACGGGGCAGCGGAGUGGCCCCGCCGCCGUGGUUCCUUCCCGACCGGCACAACAGGCGGCCGGCCGCAUACACUAAGGACUGGGUGACGGGGGCGAUGCGGCCCCGCACGAAGACCGACGAAAUGGUGGAUGGGAUGAGCGUUGCAAAGCGGCGAGAGUGGAUCGCCAACCAGCGGCGAAGGAGGGGACUUGAUGACUCCGACUCCGACUCCGAUAGUGAGAGUGAGAGUGAUGAGGAUAGCGAUGAUGGCAGCGACGACGACUCUGACUCCGAUGAGGAUGUCGACUCCUCCCAUGGCAGCGAGACUCCCGGGCUGACCGAUGACGACAGCGAAGACGAAUACGACAGCGAGAGUGAGAGCCCGUCACCGUCCCCCAAGACGCCCUGAACAAGCUGGGUUCGGCUCGAGAUUUUCCCAGCCGGGGAAGGAAGAAAGGGGAAGGGGAGAGAGAGAGAAUCAAACUUUGGCACGAAAAGAGAAUGCCGCCGGAGUACGGCUGGAACCUACAGGGAGAGUCCCGAGACGGAAAUAACAGCGAGUAAUUUACCCAGCGAGGAAAUUUUGCAGCGAGGAGUACAGGGAAGCGAGCAUUGUAGAAUGGUGUUUUUUUUGUUUUUGUUUUGGA